UUCAAUAUCGGUUGACUCACCACGGGCUGUUGUUAUAUUAUACAUAAGGUAGCUGACGAUCUAGAGGAAGAGUAAAUAUAGACAAUCCAGUAUCUAUUCAUGAGUUCGGCAUACAAGGGCUUUACAGCAAGACAAGGAAAUUUCUGAUUUACACCGAUCGAUACGAUACGACAAUCAGCCGCUCGCGAUAAUGGCGCCUUCUCCGUCGCCUAGUUCUAGCGAAGGCAAGCUUCCGGUGGACGUCGAGAAGCAGGCGAUCCCUUUUCCCGCAGGAGCUGAAGUCUCUAGCCAGGGUAUACGGGAUGGGGAUAUGAAUAUUGAUAGUCCUGCCGAGGGGGCGGAGGACUGGGAGGUACCACCCGAGCCCGAUGUCUUCAACCCGGAUGCCGAUGGCAUGGCCGGAGCCGUAGGCCGGGUGUUGAGUAGGAUAUCGACGAAAUCGAGCUGGAACCCUGGUCCGCCGCCGGACGGCGGCAAAGUCGCGUGGCUCGCAUGUCUCUGCGGGCACUUCGCCCUCAUGAAUACAUGGGGCUUCAUCAACUCUUUCGGCGUGUUCCAGGCGUACUACGUAGCGCAGCUCGGACGCCCGCCCUCGGACAUAUCAUGGAUCGGCUCUAUCCAGGUGUUCCUAACCUUCUUCAUCGGCACCUUUACCGGACGCUUCACCGACGCCGGGUUCUUCCGGCCCGUGUCUAUCUGCGGCAUCGUCUUCAUGACCCUCGGCAUCUUCACUACUUCGGUCGCGACGCAGUACUGGCAGCUCAUCCUCUCGCAAGGCUUAUGCAUGGGCAUUGGCAGCGGGUGCGUGUUUUGUCCGUUCAUUUCCACCGUGUCGACUUACUUUAGCAAGAAACGCUCCCUCGCCAUCGGUCUCACGGCUUGCGGUUCUGUGACCGGCGGCUUGAUCUUCCCAGCCAUGGCGCGCCAGCUGCUCCCGACCGUCGGCUUCGGAUGGACCGUCCGCGCCAUCGGGUUCGUACAGCUGACUACGCUGAUCUUCGCCGUGUCCUUCAUGAAGUCGCGGCUGCCGCCCCGGCGCACAGGCAGCUUGGUCGAAUGGGCGGCAUUCCGCGAGCCCGAGUACACGCUCUACGCCAUCGGCAUGUUCUUCAACUUCUGGGGCGUGUACUUCGGCUUCUACUAUCUAGCGGCCUUCAGCCGGUCCGAAAUCACGCCCACGCUGGGCUACACUGACUCGCUGAACUUGCUGCUCAUCCUAAACGGCGUGGGCCUUCUAGGCCGCCUCCUACCGAACCAUCUCGCGGACCGCUUCGGGCCGCUCAACCUCAUGAUCCCCGCGUGCGUGGGGUGCGGGACCACGAUGCUCGCUUGGAUGGCGGUGCACACGCCCGCUCAGCUAUACGGGUGGGCGGUCGCGUACGGGAUCGUGGCCGGCGCGAUACAGAGCCUGUUCCCCGCGGGCCUGAGCAGCCUGACGACGGACCUGCGCAAGCAGGGGACGCGCAUGGGCAUGACGUUUACGAUCGUGAGCUUUGCGGUGCUCACGGGGAAUCCGAUCGCGGGGGCGAUUGUCGGGAGCAUGGGUGGGCGGUACGAGGGCGCGCAGGGGUUUACGGGGGCGAGUCUGCUCGUGGGUGCUAUGUUGCUGUCCGGCGCGCGGUUCGUGAGGAUGAGGAGGACGGGGAGGGGGUGGAGGACUAAGAUUUAGGGGUUGGUGGAUUGGGGGGUUGACUGGUUUUCUAAGAUAAGGUGUAUAGGGUGGGUGUGAUGCGUCUAUGGGUCAAGUGCUACGGGUGAGGGAAUGUGUUAUAUGGUGGAUGGAGAUACGGUAUAGAUGAUGGUGAUGAUGAUGGGAGUCUCACGGUGAGACUAAGGCCAAGGCCUUGUUUAUGUAGUCCGAGUUCUUGUAGAUAUGUUUAUUUAUAAAUAUUUAUAAUAUGAGUACCUAAGGUAGGUACCUAUAUAAUUCUCAUACAGAAGC